AUGGAUGAAAUUCAACAGGAGAAAGCUUCCAUGAGAGAGGAAAUAGAUUAUGUCAAAAGCAAGAUCGAUCAAAUUAUUGAGACUCUGCUGGCUCUGGCUAGAAGAGAAGAUGUGGUUCGUGUUAUCGUCAUCGUCAGGAAUGAUGCUCCCACUCAAAUCCAUGCUUCACCUUUAACUCAUACCGAUCCUAUUCCCAAUUUUGUAAUUUACGAUCUUCCUCCUGGUUUCACUCCUCUGAUUAAGGGAACUCAUAUGCCUCCGCCUGUACAUACCGCCAGAGUAACUGAUAUAUUUGUUGCACAAGGGCUACCGAUCGUCAAUCAAAUUUCGACUCCUCGCACAGAUGAGGAGAUCCAAGAUGAAUUUGAAAUACAAAAUUACAAUGGGGCUGCUCUAGUGGUCAUUCAUACUACUACUCAGGAUUCCGAGGCUAUCCUGAUGUGUCGAGCUUUGGCAGAAAAGCUAGGAACCCUGGAAGGACAUAACACAACCCGUUUGAGUGCUUUGGAGAUGUGUCUGGUGCUAGACGUAGUGAUUCCUCCAAAGCUCAAGGCCCCGGAAUUUGAUAAGUACAAUAGCCUCACAUGCCCUAACAUACAUCUGAAAAUGUAUUGCAGAAAAAUGGUUGCAUAUGCCACAAAUGACAAACUCAUGAUCCAUUGGUUUCAGGACAAGCUAACAGAGGCGUCUCUAUAUUGGUAUAUGCAAUUAGAGUGCAACAACAUAUGCACCUGGGAUGAGUUGGAUGAAGCGUUUGCACAACAAUACAAAUACAAUACUGGCAUGGCGCCGAAUCAUACUCAACUCUAG